UCGGCAGGGGCUCCGCAUUUUGCUCCAUUAGUCAUGUCAUGUGUAUAUAAAACCCUACAACUCAAAAUUUUAACCGCGUGUUCUAUUUGGUGGCAGCUUCUCGCUCAAAUUCCUGCAACUCUGAUCACUCCAACUCAAGACUAUCGGCCAUGAGAAGGCAGAGGACGAUGAAGUAGAGUAUUCAAUUCCAGAGUUUGGGGACACAACAGCAGAUUCAAGAAAAGAACAAAGACGUUACUAGCUGCAAACGAAGAUGGCAGACCCUCAGAAGAAUAAUCGUGUUUCUGUCAAUGUGAAGGAGAAAGAUCCUUUGCAAGAUCUGGAAAUUGGGAAUGAUUUCUUUUCUUGGAAAUCAAUGUCAAUUGGAGAGGGGGAUGGGCUGGAUUUUGACAUCACUCCAGUUUCUAAGGGCAAUAAGAAACUAUUUAACUUUGAGAAAGCGGAUAUGGAUUUUAAUUUGGACGCUGAUUUCGGAAAGAUGUCAUCUUUCAAUUUGGAUAUAUCCGAUCUGGAUAACUCACCACCACUUAAAAAAGAUGCAAAAUCAAAGGAGAAGCCGCAAGAAUCAUCCAGUGGAAAGAAUAAAGGAAAAACUGAUCGCUUUGCUUUUGGAUUUGAUUUUGACGAGUUGGACGAUUUCAGUUUUGACUCCCCAAAAAAAGAAGGUACAAAAGCUCAGAGUGAUAACAAAGAAAGUUCUUCAAAUGGAAGUGGCUGUCAAGAUAAGGAAGGUUCUACUCACAUAAAUGAAACUGGAAGUAAGAGUACUUCAAAAGAUGGACCUCAAAAGCCAUCUUUACCAGAGAGCCGGAUCACUUUUGACAUGGAUUUUGAACCCACAAGGGAAAUUUGUCCUUCAAAUUUUGCCAUGGAUGACAUUGUUACUCAAGAACAUUUAGCUGCAAUUGAUGAAGGACCAACUGGUGAAGUGAAAGGUCCUCUGGAGACAACAAUAUCCAGGGAAAUUCCAAAUAUCAGUCCAUCUAAAAAGUUGGUUUCCCGAGGACAAGUUGAUCUUGAAGCUUGUAUUACAAAUGAUGUAAUGCUGGACUUGUCAUCUGAUCAUCUGUCUAACGAUGAGCCAAGUGGAGGUAAUUCAUCAGCUCUGGAGAAUAAGGUUGACUCUGUGGAUGCAAAUGCUAGUGGCUCCAAAGGAGAACAAGAUGGUAAUAUGACAUUGGUUGCUGAUUCAACAUUUAGUUACAAACAUACAAUAUCUAGAAACUCACAGCACCACCAGGCUGUUGCAGUCUCCGAGAACAUUGACGAGACAAGUGUAGAUAAUUCAUCAGCAGGAGAGAGCAAGGUCAGCUGUAUGGAUACCAAUGCUAGCAGCUUAAAUGGAGAACAAGAUGCUAACAUGGUAUUGGUUGCUGGCUCACCCUGUGAUUACGAACAUACAUCUAAAGCCUCCGAGCACGAUCAGCCUGUUGUAUUCUCAGAAAACAUUAAUGGCGAAAGGACUCAGGAUGGAAUCGAAAAUCAUGCGGACGAAGAUAGAGAAAGAGCUGAACUAGGUCAAACUAAUUCACUUGUUGAAAUUUCAUGUACAACUGGGGAUGUAUCAGGGAUAUCCUGUGACAGUGAUACACAAUCUAGCAGGGAGAAUCAGGAACCCUCUCACGAAAUGAUCAAGUCUUCAUUAACCAGUGAGCCAGCUGAUCCAUUGGCCAAGCCAAUUGAGAACACAACAGAACCCCUUAUGAAUUUCUCACGACCGUCAGUUCAGUUAGAGAAACCUGAAGGUCCCAUCCCGAAGGCGUCAAUCCAAGCAACUUUUUCCUCAUUAAGUAGUAAACAGAUUACCUCUGCUCAACCAAGUCUAGUUAAAGGAAGGAAUGGAGAUGCGGCUCAAAGUGACAGAAAACUAUCCUUGCAAUGUUCUAAAACACUACUGAGGGGGAUUAUUCCCCAGAUUCAGAGUCAGAAAAGCUGCAGUCAUCUAAAUAUUUAUGGCAGAGAGGACCCUGUUGCUGAUGGUUCACGAAACGGCAGUAACUUGAAUGAUUCUAGUGCAAAACAAGUUAAGGACAUGGAGAAAAUAAAAUCUGCACCGAGGCAAAGAGAAGUGUUUACGAAAGAUCUAGAUAAUCCCAGAAUGGAAACUAAUAGUAAAGCAGCAGAAAGCAGUGGAAAUCCAAAAAUAUUAGCAUCUAUACUGUCAAAUAAAAACACUUCUGCUCAAGAACACAGAACUUCUGCAACUGAAGGUGGUAGGAAGCCCCCUGAUCUGUCUGGACUGAAACUUUCGAGAUUAAGCAUUGAUUCAACAAAAUCACCAAUUUUGAGAGAGAUUAAACCAGUUGGAAACAGUAGUCAGAAAAGUGUUUCAGUAAGCAAAAUACCAUUUGGUACUGCUCAUCUUUCGGACCAGUGUAGGCAAACAAUUUCUACCCUAUCUGUGAAGCGAGCAUUAGAGGAUGACACUGCAGAUACUAGUGCCUUACAUCCAGCUAAACGUCUUUCUCAAUCAGUAGCUACGAGCAGGAAUUUUUUGGAAACAACAGAAAAGGUUCUCAAAAAGGUACCCAUCAAUCGCAUGGAAGAUGAUCGCAUCAAAAGCACAAUCGGAAACUCCCAUGAAUUGAAGGCUAAAGGAGUAGAGAUAUCAUCCUCGACAAAAAAUGAUAGCAACAUCAAACUGGCUGAUGCUUGCAGCAAGGAACUUGAUGACCUUUGCGACAUCCUGCGCAAGAAACAUGAUGAGGCCAAAGAACUACUGGCUCAAGCUAUAUUGAACAACAAUAAGCUGCUGAUGCUCAACAAUCCCCAGUUGGAUGAGAAGAUUCGCGCAACUCAGAAUUUGUUUGCCAGAUUAACAGUCGGCGGCAUUCAAGGAUGAAACCAUCAACUUGCGCAGUUAUUUUUCAUAUCAAGGUAACCUCGGUAGCAGCAUUAUCAAUGAUUGUGGAGAAACUUAGUCUGCUUUCUCAACUCUCAAUCUUUUUUUACAUACUUAAACACUUCAAUCACACACAUGAGCAUCGUCUCAUCUCAUAGCUUGCAGUGGUAAUUCAAUAAUACGCGUAUAGCCCCAAUGAAAUACUUAAUUCAUAUGCUUCGAAUCCUGAUCCUCAUAAUAUAUAUCGAAAUACAAAUAAACGGGCCCCUAUAUUCCUUGGUUCCAGAUAAAGUCCACAUUAAUGCGCUUAAUGGCGCCGUUGAAAUCUUUGAAAAUUCGGUAAAAGUUGCCUGCUUAACGCCGUCUAAGUAGGGCGUGCUGCGCGCACAAAUUGGUCGAUUUGGCAUGCUGCCGUACUAUUAAUUUUUUACUCUAAUCUUUUUCCCAAUUGUUUUUGGUUUUCUCAA